AUGGCCAAAUCCAUAACCGCACGCGAAUUGCGUCAGCAUUGGGUAAAUCACCAUGAAGUUGCCCUCCUCGACGUCCGCGAAGAAGGCCCCUAUUCCGAGUCCCAUCCUCUAUUCGCACUAAGUGUGCCAGUUUCGGAGAUCGAGAAGAAGUUGCCUCCACUGGUUCCUAGAUUGUCAGCCCCGAUUGUGGUCUACGACGACGGUGAAGGUUAUGCAGCUCGGGCUACUGUCCGGAUAUUAGCGCUGGGAUAUCGAGAUGUUGCCAUCCUGCAAGGCGGGCUUUCCGGCUACGCCCUCGUUGGUGAGGUCUAUCGCGAUGUCAAUGUUCCAUCCAAGGCUUUUGGCGAGCUUGUCGAAUCGAUCAACCACACUCCAUCCUUAUCUGCGCGGGAUAUCAAGGAUGUUCUGGAGAGUGAGACUGAUGUGGUUGUCUUGGAUGCCCGGCGUUUUGAGGAGUAUAAAACAAUGAGCAUUCCCCGGGGCCGCAGCUGUCCAGGGGGAGAACUUCUAUAUCGCUUUUUCGAAGCUGUACCCUCUCCGGAAACCACAGUGGUCGUCAAUUGUGCAGGUCGAACGCGGAGUAUUGUUGGGACCCAAUCUUUGGUGAAUUCUGGAAUUCCGAAUAAAGUGGUAGCGCUCCGGAAUGGGACGAUCGGGUGGACAUUGGAGGGUUUGGAACUAGAGACUAAACAGACGGAACGGGUCCCAGGUCCUUCAGUUGAGGCAUUACAAAAAGCGCGGGAAUACGCUGAAUCGUGGGCGAAUCACGUCGGCGUCUCUAUUAUUAAUGGCGAUCAGCUCACUCGAUUUAGUACGGAGUCGGAAAAUCGAAGUCUGUAUCUGCUAGAUGUGAGAGACCCGGAAGAGUAUGCCCUUGGACACCCGACCGGCUUCUCCAAUGCUCCGGGUGGUCAAUUGGUACAAGCCACCGACGAAUGGGUAGGUGUUAGGGGAGCUCGCAUUGUUCUGUACGAUACGGAUGGUGUACGAGGGCGCAUGACAGCCAGCUGGCUCUUGCAACUCGGAUGGGAGGUGUAUGUCUUUGAAGAGCGAUUGGCGGUGCCUGAUAGGCUUGUGUUGCCUGAAGUCUCUUCGUGGAAUCCUCCAAAGGAUGGCGCUAUCACGGUGAACGACCUUCAGAACCUCGAGGGAGCGACUGUGGUCGAUCUCGCCCGCAGUCCGUCUUAUCGCAAAGGCCACAUUCCGGGCGCAUGGUUCGCUUCUGGACCGGAACUUGCGCGAGAUCUGAGGGCUAUCGACGGUGACGGCCCUAUCGUGCUGACCUCGCCCGAUGGUGACGUUGCCGCCACGAACGUUGACGACGCACGCAACUCAGUCUCACGACAAGUUCUGUAUCUGACGGGAGGGACAACGGCCUGGGUGGCUGCUGGUCACCCCCUCGAGACCGAAUUGCGAUGUUUGUCGCAGCCAAUCGACGUGUAUAAAAGACCGUAUGAAGGGACAAGUAACGCUCGCAAGGAUAUGCAAGGAUAUCUCGACUGGGAGUAUGGGCUUGUCGCGCAACUGGCCAACGAUGGGGUGGCGUGUUUCCACGUUGUGCGGGACUCGCGUGAGAAGCUGCACUGA